UUAAUAUAUGAAAAUGUCUUUGAGUAGAGGGCUUCGCCCCUCCCUCGCUUACUAUUUUACACUUUCUGACUAAAAAGAACAGACCAUAAGUCUCUGUAUUACCGACAUGACAGAUUUCCUAACUUCGCAUGUUAUUUUUUAACAAUUUAUUUCUCGCAAACUAGAGCCGAGCGACGACUUUUACUUGCAGAUUCGGCUUCUACACGUCAAAAUACACAAGACAGUAUGCCACAUACGUUUGGACCUGUUCAAACUCCUACAGUUAAUCCACCUCCACCAGUACCACCACGCUUUCCUAUAGAUAAUUAUACAGGAUAUAGUAAUUAUAGAUCAUUUGCUUCUAAUUAUUUAAACAAUGGAAUGUAUGGGGGUUUUGGCAGUUAUAGAAAUUAUGGUGGAUAUAAUUAUCCUGGGAAUCAAAUUUUUUAUCAACAUGAUAUGCCCAUGCAUAAUAAUAAUGGACUAUUUGGAUAUGGAAAUAUGGUAAAUAGUUUUCAGCAGUAUGUUGAAGAAACUACGAGACCGAUUGUUAAUGUAGUGGAAUCUGUAUUAAAUACAUUGGGGUCUAUCACAGCGGUAGUGGAAUCAUCACACUAUACUUUAUUAACUUCGUUUCGGACGUACGAAGUUUUAGCAGAUAAUAUCGGGCGAAUGCGUUCAACAUUCGGACAAUUAUUAAGCACCUUGAGUUUGAUUCGAUUGUUGAAAUGGAUCUAUAAGAAACUUCUAGUGUUACUUGGUAAAGAAUCGCAGGAUACAUUAAAUGAAAUGUUAUGGCAAAAUUCAAUGUCACAAAUGAAAAGUCAAGAAGAAGGGCAUUCGCCGAUUUUUACAUGGCAUACAAGUUUUCUAUUUGUCACCAUUUUUGCUGUUAUUCCAUAUUUAAUUCUUAAGAUUAUGAGUAAUGUGAGGCAGAUUCAAGUACAAGUUAAUAAACCGUCAACUUGGGUGAAGAGCCGAUAUCCUGUUCAAGUGGCACAUGUACUGUACGAUUUUGUGUCAGUUUCUAAUGACGAAUUGAAUCUGAAGGCUGGUCAAAAAAUAUGGUUGGCACCACAGUCUUUACAAUCUAAAAACGCGACGGGUUGGUUAAUAGCCACCAAUGGUAAAGAUAUUGGUUUAGUACCUACUAACUAUAUACAGAUAACAGGACAGGUAAAGAAGUCAAACUUAGUAAAUGACGAAGCUAUCGUUGCAUCUCAAAAAAUUCAACAAAAUGUAGAUUAUUCCAAGCAAACAGAAGCAUCUGAAAUUAUGACAUCUGGCAAUAUUUCUUCUGAAAAUAUGGUAUCUAAACCCAUUAGUUAACAAUAUUGAACAUGACAGAUUUUUUUCCGCAUGUGUUGAGGAUAAUUUCAUUUGGGUAGACAGAUUCAGCAUUAUAUAUUAAUUUUUAAAGCAUUUGGUUAUAUUUUAAUAUUAUGUAUAUAUGACUGAAAUAUUAGUAAUAUAUGUAUAUAAAACGCAUAUAAGCGGGACAAACUUAUAGGUAUCACAACUAAAGAAAUAAUUCACAAAAAAAAUGAGUAAAAUAUGUGGGAUAAAAUAUGUUCAAUAUUUUGGUUUUGAUUUAUUUAUUUGGAAAUAUAAAACAAUUGUAUUUAUUCUAAACAUUGGAUCGGUAAGUCCUUUUGUAGAGGAAUAUGUGUUACAUUGUAUUUAAUAAAAAUAAAAAAAGGCUUUGUUAAAUAAGAAUUUACGAU